AUGUGGCCGAUUCUUUGUAAAGUAAGUCGGAGAAAAAUUUUUAUUGUGGCAAUAUACACAUGGGAACAAAAACCAUCAAGUUUGAAUGUGUUUUUAGAUGAUUUUUUAAAAGAAUUGUGUUGUUUAAAAUUAUCUAGUAUGACAAUAAAAUCAGUUGUACACACUGUUAAAGUUAGAGCUUUUCUCUGUGAUGCCCCAACAAGAUCAUUUUUAAAAGGGACUGUUGGGCAUACUGGAUACUAUUCCUGUGAAAAGUGCAUUAUUAAAGGUUCCUGUGAAGGAAGGGUAGUAUUUAAUAUAGAGCAAAAAUUUCUCAAGCAAACAGAUGAAGAUUUUAGUCAGAUAAGCAACAUCAGAAAUAUAAGUCUCCUCUCAUAG